CUAAAAAUAAUAAACCCUAAAAACCUUCAACCAUAAAUCAAUCAAUCUCUCUCUCACUCGCUCUGGUUCAAACCAAAUCUCUGAAACUCAGAAAACGAUGUUCCGGAGAUCUCUUCUCGAAUCAACUAUACGGGUCGGGUCUUACAAGCUAGCUCCUCGGGUACAUGGAUCUGGAUCCUCUCGCCCUUUCGAUGCGUUUUCCCAAUUCCCCCAAAACGCUCGAGCUUUUUCCGGGUUGACUAAGAAGUCCCAUUUUGAAUCUUCGAUUUUGGGAAAUCUGUGUGUGAAGCUAGGUUUGGUAAGAGUGGCGGAGAAUGCCUCUUUGCCGUAUGCUCUGAACUUGAGAAGUUCCAUACAUUCCGGAACAAAAGGCGAGUUCGAAGCAGGAAGUAACUCGUCUAUAGACGUUGUUCAGGAAUUACUCCAAGACGGUAUAAACGAUGGACCUCGAUCAUAUCAGCCUCAAGUCAGGGGGUUCACUCCUAGAUUUAGAGACUAUGGCCAGGGAUAUUCACAGGAUAGAAGAAAUGGGAACUUCGGUAAUUACGAAGCAGUGGAGUCGAAUGCUGAUAUAGUCCACAUAAAGCUGAUGCGUAAUAAUGCGUUUGUCACUGUUACGGAUUCGAAAGGGAACAAGAAAAUCGGGGUUUCUGCUGGGAAAUUGGCUGGGAAAGCAGGUAAGCUUAGCCGGUAUGCUGGGGAAGCAGCUGCGGAAGAUAUUGGGCGUAAAGUGAGGCAAAUGAAGACGAAGUCUGUUGUUGUGAAAGUGAACGGGUUUACGUUUUUCAGGAGAAAGAAGGAAGCGAUUCUCAGCUUUAAAGAUGGGUACACUAACUCACGAGGAGAUACAAAUCCUGUUGUGUAUGUGGAGGACACUACUAGGAAACCGCAUAACGGAUGCCGUCGACCAAAGAAGCGCCGUAUUUGAUCUGUUGGUUUUGCCAGGUGGCGAAGAUUUCCUGUUUUGCGUUUCUUGGAAAUGAGGGGAUUGAGGCUGAUUGUCCGAGGUUUGAUUGAAGAACCUGUACUAGUUUGUUACGAUCGAAUAAAUUUUGUGAAGGGUUUUCUUUAACCUUAGGCAAGUGUUGUAGUGAAUCUGACUUUUGUGGAUGAAAAAGAAAAAGUGUUUAAUUCAUUGAAUUUUAUGUGAAUCUGUCUGUUAAUUGUGGUUUAUUUGAAACUGUUUUUUUCCCUACA